CUUUCAUUUCAUAAAUAUAUCUUGUAUUCUACCAUUCUACCAUUUUAUUUAUAUGAUAUUGUUGCAGAUUACAUAUACAUACUCCCAAAUACAAAGUCUAGCCCAGAACAGAACUUCCUUAGGGCAUAGGGCUAUCUAGCUCCCCCCGCGAAACUGCCAGUUGCCUAGACUGUAUUGUAUGUAUAUACGUCAGGUCCAAAACAUCAUCAUAUCGAGAUUUGAUAUUGACAGUUUUUUGUCGCUGCUCACCUUCUCAUUCGAGCUCCACUUGGAAUGGGUCGUUGAAUCUAUCUCUACCUUCUCUACCUUCUCUACCUUCUCUCCAUCCAAGAUGACAUCGCGUCUCGUCUUGGCCAUCGGUGACCUGUUCAUCCCUGACAGAGCUCCCGAUCUUCCAGUCAAGUUCCGGAAGCUCUUAACACCAGGCAAGAUCGGUCAGAUCCUCUGUCUCGGAAACCUUACCGAUCACGACACCUACGAAUUUCUCCGCCAGGUCGCUCCCGACUUGCAAUUGGUCAAAGGCGAUUUCGAUAUCGACUCUCCCAACCUACCUCUCUCCAAGGUCGUGACUCACGGCAGCCUUCGUAUCGGCUUCACCCAUGGCCACACCAUCAUCCCCCCGGGCGAUGCCGACGCCCUGCUCAUCGCAGCUCGCCAGAUGGAUGUAGAUAUUUUGCUAUGGGGAGGCACACAUCGCUUUGAAGCAUUCGAGAUGGAGGGCAGGUUCUUUGUGAACCCCGGCAGUGCAACUGGUGCCAUGAACACUGGUUAUUGGCCGGAAGGGGAAGAACCGACCCCCAGCUUCUGUCUGAUGGAUAUCCAAGGUGAUGUUCUCGUGUUAUAUGUCUACCAGCUCAAAACAGACGCCAACGGAGCCGAAACCGUCGCCGUUGAGAAGGUCUCGUUCCGCAAGAACAACGUCCCCUCUUAAGUUGACGUCCCUCGUCUAUUGCCAUUUGUAUAUAUCCCAUAGGUGCACACGCGGUCAUGAUGUCUUGUCCUUUAACUUUGUUCCAGCGUCUAUCUUACUCUCUUGUUGCCAUGCAGUCUAUUGUGUACUAACUACAAUACCAUCCCGUUUAUUUGAACUCUAUGCUCACCAGUCCAUAUAUCAGACAGACCAGCUCUUACAAAAGUACUGCCUCGGCAAUGUUAUGUGGGUCUGAUUUAGGACCGCGAGUUGCUUCUAGAUAAUAGUCCAAGAAAAUAUCAUAAUCCUGUUAACAGCUAAUUCUCAUGCCAUGCUACAUCGAAGAUGUUUUUAUAGUGACCUGAACAUCCGAACAUGGACUGAAAAGGAUUGACUAGGCGACUUAGUCUAAUAUAAUAAAUAUUUCAAUACCCAUUCUAAAUAUGGAAUAUCAU